ACAAGGACAAGAAAAGAAGGUAGUUGGGCAGAUAGGCUGUGUGCAUUACAGGGUGACUUCUGCUCAUCCCCCCCUUUCCUGGCAUCCUGUAACAUUAGUUUCAAGGUUCUGUCACCCAGCAGCUGGAUGUUGGAAAGAUCUGGACCACCUAGUAAGAAAGCCAAAGCUGUGACCUGCUUUUUUUGUUUUAAGCUGGAGAGAAGGCUUCUAAGCUGAGCCAUGCCUAGGAGAAGCAUCGUGCAAGUCUGUGUGCAGGACGUACAGAAACGACGCAACCCCAAUAAACAUUAUGUCUACAUUAUUAAGGUCACCUGGUCCAAUGGUAACACGGAGGUCAUCUACAGAAGAUACAGCAAGUUCUUUGACCUGCAGAUGCAGAUGUUGGACAAGUUUCCAGUAGAAGGUGGUCAGAAAGACCCAAAACAACGAAUUAUUCCAUUCUUACCAGGCAAAAUCCUCUUCCGAAGGAGUCACAUACGUGAUGUAGCAGUGAGACGCUUGAUUCCCAUUGAUGAGUAUUGCAAGGCUCUCAUCCGCCUGCCUCCAUAUAUCUCACAGUGCGAUGAAGUUCUGCAGUUUUUCGAGGCUAGAUUGGAAGACUUUAAUCCUCCCAAAGAAGAGCCAAUUGGGAGGAGAAAAUUGGGUGGAGAUUCUACAUCAUCAGAUGCCUUGGUCCUUGAUCAGUACGUGGUGGCGGCUGCUUAUGACAAACAAGAAUGUUCAGAAAUCAGUCUCCGAGUAGGACAAGUUGUGGAUAUAAUUGAAAAAAAUGAAUCCGGAUGGUGGUUUGUGAGCACUGCUGAUGAGCAAGGUUGGGUACCUGCUACCUGCUUAGAGGCUCAAGACGGUGCACAAGAUGACUUGGCAAUUCAGCCUGAAGAAGAGGAGAAGUACAGUGUGAUCUACCCUUAUAUUGCAAGGGAUCCGGAUGAAAUUAGUUUGGACAAAGGAGCUACAGUGGAAGUCAUUCAGAAGAAUUUGGAGGGCUGGUGGAAAAUUAGAUAUAAAGGAGCUGAGGGUUGGGCUCCUGCAUCCUAUCUAAAGAAGAUCAGUGGAGAUUUGUUGGCUCAAAAAUUGGCUUCUGGAUCAAGCAACAACUCUAGUGCCCUAGAUUUGGAUGGAAUCUCUAGGCAGAACAACUACGUUAGUCGGGAAAAGGAAGCUGCUGCUUCGAGAGAUGGGAAAUUUGAUUCACGACCAUUCCCUUUUGUAGACCUAAAACGCAAAUCUCCAACCAUGAGACAGAGACCUCCUCCACGCCGUGAUCUCACCAUACCUCGAGGAGUAAAUCUGCCAAAGCCACCUACUCCCCCACAUGUAGAAGAAGAGUAUUACACUAUUGCAGACUUCCAAACCACCAUUCCAGAUGGAAUCAGCUUCCAAGCUGGACUUAAAGUUGAGGUGAUUGAGAAGAAUCAUAGUGGAUGGUGGUAUAUUCAGAUUGACGAGAAAGAAGGAUGGGCUCCUGCUACUUUUAUUGAUAAAUAUAAAAAAACUAGCAAUGCUUCAAGGCCUAACUUUUUGGCUCCUUUACCCAAUGAAAUGGCUCAGUUAUGUUUGGGUGAUUCAGGUGUUGAAAAUGGCUCAUUUGAAGACUCUUCUGGACCAUCAAGGCCUCUGCCAGAACCACCUCAGAAUGGAACAGACCCUUCAACAAAAUGGUCUAAAGAAUGGAAAAGCAAAGAUCAAGGCCUAAAGAGUAGUAUGAUGGAUGGACAAGAACUAGGGAUAAACAAUGUAUAUGACGAGGCUGCUUAUUUAGAUGAGGGAGAGAAGCCAAGCCUACCACCGAGGAGAGAAUCCAUGUUGAAAACAGAAGAAGUUUCUGAAAGACCAAGUAUACAUCAGCUAAGAGCACCUCCUCCAAAACCACCUGGUGGAAUGAUGGCACCAAACCUUCAUAAACCGGUAGUUCUAAAAGACACAAAGAAACCUGAACUAAAAAGUGACAAAGGAAAAAUGUUCCAACUGAAAAAUGAAAUGGGACUCGAAUGUGGCCACAAAGUGUCUCCUAAAGAACUAAAAAAGCCUAUGCUUAAACCUGUCAACAACAAACCCAAAGCAGACUUGCCUGCUGAAAAGCCAGAAUUAACUGCCCCAACCCCAUUCCUGAAACCCAAACCACUAGUAAGACCAAAGCCAAUGUCUACUCCAAAACCUGAGGUUCAUACUGAGGAAAAUGUGGAUAUUUCAAAUCUAAGAAGUAGACUCAAGCCAGCUACAAAGUCUGUAGACAAGGCAGCUGAGCAGGAUUCUGUUGCAACAAGUGGGGUCAGUAAUGCUCCAAUGUAUACUGCACCCAAUAUAGGGGCUGCUGGCAGACCCCAAGAUAGGUCAGAUUUCAGGUCUCAGCAGAAACUGCAAAAUGAACAAUCUAGAGAGCCCCCAUCCAAAGCACUGCCAGUACCCAUGAGGACAGCAGGCAUAGAACAAAAGGCUAGUAUUGUAUCUAGUAAAGAACCACCUCAAAGGCCAGUUAUCCCUCCAAGAAGACCACCUCCUCCUAAAGUACCAGAUGACCAGCCAGAAGAGAAAGCACACCAGAGAGAGUCUUCUGAGUUCACAGCUGCACAAGUUGCAAGCAGACCAAUACUGGUUCCUCCUAAGGCCAAAAUAUCCUUUCCUUCAAGUAUCAAUGAUACCAAAGUGAAAAAUAGCUUUGUCCCAAAGACACAAGCACCAAGAAUUGCAGAUAAAGCUGACAUGAAAGAAAGAUGUCCUCCUUUUAUGCCCCCAUCUGAGACUACCAAAGAAAACCACUAUGUUGCAGUUGCUGAUUUUGAUGGUGAUGAGGAUACAAGCAGCUUCAAAGAAGGGACUGUGUUUGAAGUGCAGGAAAAGAGCUCCAGUGGCUGGUGGUUCUGUAGGGUCCUAAGUGGAAGUCCACUUUGGGAGGGCUGGAUACCUUCCAAUUAUCUGAGAAAGAAGCCAUAAUGGCUCAUUUCAGUUUACACAGUCCAUUAGUCUCCUAUUUUAUGUGUAUUUAAAUAGCUGAAUAAUUUAUAGUUUUUACCUAAGGCCUGCUUUUUUAUACAUUCCAUUUUUUACUUCUUUUUUUUUUAUUUAAUAAUUUUCACUCACUUUUUUUAGAACAACAAGAGAAGGGCUUGUAAGUGGACUGGACCUGCACGAAAUAAAUUCAUGGUGGUAUAUCUAGCCAUCUACAUAAUUUGUGAUAUAAAAAAAAAUCAUUUUAGUAGUACUAGAGUACUACAGCAUUACCAAUUUUUUGAAAAUUGCAAUGUUAUUUUAAAAAAAAAUUGUUAAACUACAAACCCUUUAAAUGUGAGCUGUUAGUUUCUCAAAAGCUCCAUUCCAGCCAUAUAAACUGUUAGCCUGCUUGACACAUGUUUAAUUUGCCUGUGACUCGUUAAAUUAUGAAUCUGGAUCAAUUCACUUACUUUGUAAGUGCCUGGAAGCCUUUUUUUUUUUAUAUGUUCUAGAUUACACAAGUGGUUUAUACAUCUUUAUCUCAUAGGUUUAUGACCAUCAAUUAGGUAACUAUAUAUCUGAGGGUAGAGUACAACUUGAUGAGACUCAGAUCAGAUAUUUCAUGUUUCUGCUUUUGGAAGGUAGAAGACAAAAUAAUUUAACAUGCAUUUAACUCAGAAUAGUGAGUAAAAACACUUAGGAUGAUAUUAAAAGUUCUGCAAACUCAAUAAUAGAUGACUUUCAGCUUGAUUAAUCGGAACUGUGACCAUAUUCUGUCUUUGUCACGUUGGUUACAUGGUGCUGUUUGAUCAUUUAUGCCAUGACAUUUCUUACAAAAACUUUGGGUGGUAUACUUUAAUCUAAAACACUUGUUUUACAAAUUAUUUCCAAUUAUUACUACUAUGACAAUGAGAAAAGUUACUUUAUGUAGCACGUGAGUAUAAGCAGACAAUAAAAAGAAAUAUUACAAAAAAUGUUUGUACUCUCACUGCCAUAAUUAAUAUGCAAUACUCUUAUUAAGUUAAAUAAAAAAAUUCUACAUUAAUAAAUAGGGGAGGGAGUGUUAACGUUUGAUUAGCAGAGGGCUGGGCCCACUGAAGAAUUCUUCUGAACCAAGAAGAAAAAUGUGCUUCCUUUCUGGUUUGAAAAUGAAAUAUUUUGAAAUGAAAAGUAGGAAAAUAGAAAUUAUAUAAUUCAAAUGUCAAUGCACAUUUGAUAAAAGGUCAAGUGUAGUUUGUCAAGAUUCAGAAUUCCUCCUCCUUUUUUAUUUUAUUUUUUUACAUUUUUCAGUAGUCUAACAUCAGAAGUU